AUGUCCUCAACUUCUACCGUCAACAACACCCUUGGCGCACCUCGGAUCAGUAUUCCCUUCAUGAUGGCGAUGACAAGCAGUCGGGUUGCGGGCCCUUGUCCGAUUGCCGAUCCAGUGCGACGUUCCAUGGUCGAAUGCCGCAAUUUGAAAUUACUGAAUUCGGAAAAUCUAAUGGACAACAAUUCCCACUUGUUUGUGCCAUUUAACGACAUCACUGUCCACACAACAUCCCAGGAUCUAUUGAAUUUGUUAUUGGGAUUAACUGAAAAAUCGUAUGGAAGCUUGAUCAAACUGAACGUUAAUGCUCACGAAAGAACAUUCAAAGACAUUAAAUUAGGCGAAGGAGCAGCAAAAAUGUUAACAUUACCAAAUGCAGGAGGAACUAGUAUGCUAUCUGAAGUAUUUUCGUGCGAGAUCAUGGAGCGAAUACUCGGAGUGGAACUAUCUAAAACGGAAAUGGAAGUACGUUAUCGCUUUUCCAAUCAACCCAUGACAGAUUACUUGGUCAAAUUACGCCACAAAAUCUCUGUAACAAUUGGUAUAUCGGUGACACGUGCCUACGCUUAUAAAAAGAGGUACACAUCCCAAGAUGCUCGCGCUCUGUUGAAGAAGAAACUCACAGGGAUUAGCUCAUCGACUAAAAAUAUUAUCGGCGACCGGGUAUGGAAGCAAAUAUUGCAUAUCUGGUGCCCGGACGGACAUACGGCUAAGAUGGUCAAAAGAGCGUAUUCGAAAAUGAAGGAAGUCCAUGCCACCAAUACGGUCAUCGUAUUGAGUGUUGUCGAAUCUGGGUGGGUGUUCCACGAGGCUAAACGCAAAAAGAAGAAGAAGAAACCUCCCCGACGAGGGUCGGCUGAAACGCAAAAAAAGAAGACAAAAAAGAAAAAUCAUAAAGCGGGUCGAAAAUGA